UGCUCGGCUCGGGGCGUGUUGUUGGUGUAGUUGCUGUCGUUGGUGCUGGUGGGGGCUAUGACUUUUAUUUUGGCCGCCUUCAAAAUGCAACAACGGUCGGAUACGAUCGCCGUGAACGCGUAAGAACGGCUGUCCGUCGCACAUUGUCGGAGAGGGUGAUGGAGCAACGUGUGGGACUGUCCGCGGGCGAUGCUGCCGGAGCAGUACGGCGGUGCCGACGACUGACGGGUCCGUGAGUCAGUGAUGCUAGGCCUUGCAACAGCCACGGCAGCAUCCCGUCAACGGCACACGUGAAGAGCGCUUCACGUCGUCGACAGCCGCCCCCGUCGAUCCGACCGGGCCGUCAUGGACACCAUGGAUGAGGACUACGACCUGGACGGCGUGGAGCUUACGCCGAUCGAAGAGUACGACUUCGCCAAGGCCAAACAGCGGGCCUCAGUGCUAUGGUUGGUGUCCAAGGCACACCAGAACCGGGUGCCCCCCGAGCUGCGCGAGGUGUUCUACCGGGACCAGGCCGAACAAGACCGACUGCGGCCGCAGCUCGUGCAAGCGCUGGCCAGUGGCGAGUUAUAUUGCCUGGCAUUGGCCAACAUCUACGCCGACCCCAACUACCACAGCCUCAGCCACCAGGGUGUUGUGCAGGCACUGCAGCGCAAGGGUGUUGAUGUUGAGCCACCCGCCGACCAUACCCCCCUCACCGAGACCGUGCUCGCCCAGACUGCUCCGCUGCGCAUGAGUGCUCACAUGGCCGUCAUCAAUGGCAUUAUGGAAUUGUACAUCAAGGAAGUGCUUAUACCCAUCAAGGUCUUUGAAGUGGUCAGACGGUUUUCAGCUGUCGGCUACCCAGAGGAGGUUCCCGUCGAUGCGGAGGAUGCGGCGCUGCUAUGGCUGAACAAGUGUUCGGUGAAAAUGCGGCACCGCAUCGAGGACGAGCUGGGGCCUGGGCAGCCGCCUGUCGGGGGUCCGCCUAUGCUUCAGGACCUGGCAGACCUGAGUGACGGCUGUGCGCUGGCCGCGCUGCUCAGCUUCUACUGCCCGCAACACUUGCCCUGGCACGACUUGUGCCUGCCGGGUGACAGCCUAGCCGACUCGCUCUACAACCUGCAGCUAAGCCAGCGCUUCUGCGAUGCGCAUUUGCCGCACGACGUGUUCUUCCUGACGGUGGAGGAUGUACUGUUUGUGCACCCUUCCAUCCGGCCAAACCUUCUCGCCCUCCUUGCCGAUCUCAUGUUUGUGUUCGAGAUCCGGCCGGCAAAGUGCGUGCGACGGCCGGGGCUGCGGUAUGACCCGCCCAGCACCGAACACACGCUGCAGGCGGCUCGACAUCGAGGGGAAUCCCUACGCAAGGCACGUGCCCUGCAGAACUCCUGUAGCCACAUUCCAGAUUUGUGUCCACCUGAUGACCACAACCAAACAAAGCACAAUGGAGCCUGGCCAGAAGGUGUGCGAAGGCUGAGCCAAGGUACGAAGCCUGUCACUCGUGUUUCACGCUCUUCUGCCCGGGAGGAUGAAGAUUCGGAUCAGCUGAGCUCAUCACCUAGGUGCCGGUCAGACGAAGAUGAUGCAUUUCUAUCAAAUCGAAGGCCAAGCUCGUCUCUGCGAAGGCAUUCUAGUGAGGCCAUGGACCCCCUUCUGCCAGCACGGUUGCGGGAGCCCAAGGAGAGGAAUAACUGUGAUGUCGCAAAGUACCUGGAGCGGGGUGAAGAUGCCUCACUAGGCUCUUCGCCGACGCCCCAGUCUCCCGCGCGGAGCCUGCAUGAAACCAUGCAUCGAGUGCGCGAAGCGGAGGAGCAGGGGUCUCCGGCUCACAGAGCAUCGUCCAUAAGCGGGAAUCGGAAGCCUUCGAAGGAGCACCUCUCGCUCUGAGCUGGGUCUCCCCUUCAUCGGAGCGGGUCACGCAGCACCCUCGUCGGUUCAGAACACGCUUCUCCUCUACACAGGAGUGCCUCAAAGUCGGACGUUGGCUCGCCAUUGCGGAGGAAUUCUUCCAGAACGGACCUGUUCCAGCCAUCGGCACUGAGCCGCAGCACAUCGCAGACAGACAUCUAUGGAGGCUCUCCCGUGCGGAGGACAACGAGUAGACUCGCGUCAGAAAGCGAAACAAAGAAGCCUUCGACCCUGGAAACCUACUACGACCAAUUAGGAGGAGGGUUGCAGAAACAGGCAGGGUACCCACUUCGACGAGAGUCAUCCCUGUCGCACAUGUACAAUUUCUCUGGUGAGAAAGCAGCCCUGGAAAUGACGGACCCGUUUGAGACUGACAUGUUCGCCGAGCAUAGGGAACGAACAAAGAAGGCAGCUCAGACUAUAAGCUUUGCGCAGCUGUCGAAAAUGAAAGAUACCGCAGACACUGGAAAGGCACCGUCAAGCAUCAACAUUGUCUACAUGCAGCAGGUGGCUCUGGAAAUCGGUUGCCUCCCGAGAAGCGGAAGACACCCUACCGAUGGUGCCAGUAAGUCGUCACCGUCAACAACCACGUGGCAGCAGCAAGCUGCAGCAGACAGUGAGGAAAACAGGAGCACGGAGGACAGUUCGUCGCCUCUGGCAGCACAGCUGAACAAUGUGCGAUUAAAACUCGAAGAAAGGCGGCGUAAGAUUGAACAGGAGAAGCGGACGAUGGAAGACCGUGUCAAGAGGCAGCGACAGAAGGUCGGCAAGGCAGCUUUCUUGCAAGCUGUUGCACGUGGCGAAAGCAGAGUUUCUGAAGGUAGUAGCAGCACGCACGAGUCAUCUGGCGACACGCUGACCCAGGAUGCUUUUGCCGACAGCGUCGACUCUGAGCUUCCCCAACAGAAGUGGCUGCAGCAGAACGGCAGCCCGCAACCCGCGGAGGAAUCCCCUCAAAGCGACGAUGUGGACCUUGACGACAGCUCCACGACUAUAGAACAACUAAGCACUGAACUGACUGUUUCUGCAGGCCGACAUCUCUCGCAUAACCAAACAGCAGCAAGCCAUUCAGAACCUUCUGCACGGUCCCCAGGCCGUGCCAUUGCAGCCUCAGCCUCAGGAGAAGUUCUUCUACACAGUGACAAUGAUGGUGGGCAGCCUCUGAGCCUGCCCUUCAUUUGCGCAAUCUGCACCUCAACCUUACCUCACCGAGAUGGUGCGACCAGCCGCCAUUCCAGCAACAGCCGCAACAGCAGCUGCAGCAGCCACAUCAACGACGUCAGUGGGAAUACCCAAUGGCACCCAUCAUGCCGCCACAGCAGCCUCGAAGAGGGCAGUGGGGCCCUCCUGGUCACACUUGCAGAGCAACCCAUGCGCUGGGGGGCCCCAGCUGCACCACUGGUUGACCCAGGUUACAUGGUCUAUCCCACGGGCCAGAAUGAGUUUGCGUACCAACCGCCUUACUACCAAAAUGGUACCGCUGCCACCAUGCAGCAAGUGGGCUAUGCCAGUUUUUCAAUGCCAUCUCAACAGCAACCGCAACAGCCUCUGCAACAGCAGCAGCAGCAUCAGCAGCAACCGCAGCACCCUCUGCCGCCACCAUUCCAAGCACCUUGCACAGUUAGUACAGAGCAGGUGACUGCUGCCGCACCCGCAAAACCUGAAUCUCAACGCUCAUCGCGGACACCACCAGCACCUGCCGUGGAGGAGCAGCUUGCUGAACGCCUUGAGAAUCUGUCGAUGGGCAGUCUAGCAUCACCGCCUCGAAGUGUCGAGUUUGGCAAGACAUACCGUGUUUCCAAAAGCCAACAGCCAGCACGGAAUCAGUCUAAACCAGUUGACGAAGGCAGUGAAGCGGGCUUUUUCAUCAGCUUUGAUGACCAGCAACCCAAAAAACCAAAGCCAAAGCUUCGUCCAAGAAUCGCAAAGCCGGAGGAAAAUGCCAGGCUGGAGGAGUCUGGGCUUAGCAAUGGUACCCUCACGACAGCAUCUACAGGAAGCACCAAAGGCUCUGAGAACUCAUCAAACAGCGCCCCAUCAGAGAACCAAGAACCUCCCAGUGGGCCAUUAGGCGUUGGUUUUGUCAUAGGGGCUGACUUGGUGAAUCCUGACCCGGAGGCGGAGAAUGAGAUGCAGCGGCGCAAGGAGAUGAUGAUGCUGGUCUCACUGCGAAGGAGGGAGGAACAGGAGGCGGCCAGGGUUGCCAAGGAGCAGCGAAAUGCUGUCAAGCGAAUGCAGGAGCAAUUGCGACGCGAGGAGCAGGCACGGAAGCGUGAGGAGGAUCGGCAGAGGCGACAGAUGAUCCUCGAGCAGUACCGGCAGCGCAAGGCCCAGGAAGAGGCCGAGAAGGAUGCUGCGGUUCAUGGUGGCAGCAGUAUGAGCUUGCGUGGUGGCGAUGGUGGCGCUACACUCACACGCAGCAGCGCCAAGUCGCGAUCGUCUUCACGACCCCGGCCCAAGUCGGUGCACCUUGGGCCAUGUUCAUUGCAGCGCGGCUCUCAUACCAGUCUUGAUGAGUGCGGGCGGCAGCGUGCAGCCAGCCCACCGCCCUCGGGAACGGAGUGGCGGACUUCAGCCAGCGAUGGAGCAUCGGACACGGCCUCGACUCACUCCCUCAUGCUGCUACCUUCAGCGAGCGAAUACGCGGGGCCCAAGCUGUUCGUCAAGCCCACAGCUAAGUCAAAUCGCAGCAUCAUCAUCAAUGCCAUCAACACCGUUCUUGCGGGAGCUGUCAAUUCCGAAACCAAGAGGAAGGUGUUGGAGGAGAUAAAUAUCUCUGAGAGCAAGCACUUUCUAAUACUGUUCCGGGACUCGGGCUGCCAGUUUCGUGGUCUCUACUCCUACAACCCCGAGAGAGAGGAAGUGCUGCGGCUGCAUGGCAUCGGACCGCGCAGUGUUCAGCCUUCCAUGAUGGACAUGUUUUUCAAAUACAACUCUGGCGCCAAGAGCUUCACUCAGAUUCACACGAAGCACCUAACGGUCACCAUAGAUGCCUUUACCAUCCACAAUCAUCUGUGGACUGUCAAGAAGACCUGUGUGCCUCAACGCAGGGACUUGUGACGACUGCACGUCUGAAAAAGAAGUCCCCUUCCAGUGCAUUUGUUUUCUCAAGGAUAGACUGCUGUGCUGGGGCUUAUAACACCAGGCUAACCAAAAUGUGCACCGAGGAGGCACGGCAGCUCUCCACACACCGGUCACACAUUGCCGCUGGCUUAUUUUCUUUUCCCUGUUCCCGCGGCCGAGGCCCGAGGUUCGCAGGUCGAACCUCAUCAGGAAGUGGUUGGGACUGUUUUCACCCGCAUUUCUUCUUUCUUCCUUCCUUCUCGGGAAUUCGUGCACACUAAUUGUUUUUUUUUUCCGCUUGAGAUUGUACUUUGUAUAUAGCGGGUGUUGUCGUUACUCGAGCGUAUAGUUGAAGGAUAUAAGCCCAGCCGGAGAGGCACAGUCGUCACUUUUUUUUUUUUCUUUUCUCGUUGUCCUCCGUGUUGCGCGGGAGGGUUUAUCCUACGCUCUUUCGGCCGACUAACGAAGAUGACUGGAGUCCUUGGGCAAAUUGUGUGAUAUGGCUUGCCAAAUGUAAUAUAGUCGAAGCCAACAGUUGCGCAUGUUCCUCGAAAGGCUCAUGCGGGUGCCGGUUUCUCGCUUCAUUUACCUCUGAUGAUGUCUUCGUUUUUUCUUUUUUAGGCUUUUAAAUGUUACUACAAAAUAUAGAUAUACACUGACACACAAACACAAUCUGCACGCACAAGUUGCUCUAAUGGCAAAUGCUGCGCUGGUUACUUUUUUUUUUUUGCUGUAAUACACAUGUUGUUCGCGAACAAUAAAUGCAGCUUUCCCUUUU